ACUUGCGUUUGCCCUUUUUCGCUCUCAACAACCUUCCUUCCUGCAACUUCUUCCACCCACCCCAGCCGUCGGCGCCCUAUAUAUCGCCGUCCGGCUCCAAUUCGGCGGCCCCAACCUCUGCGCGCGGCGACAAAAGACUACCAGAGUCUCUAGAGCCUACACACGCGGCCGCGAAUCGAGGCCGGCGGCGGUUGCGAGGAGAGGCAGAAGCCGCAGGGAUUAGGUAGGGGGCGGGGAGAGCGCGGCGGCGGCACAUGGAGAGCUCGACCUCGAGCACGAGCCUGAAUUGCAUCAGCCUGUCGGACCCGGACAUCCAGAGAUCGGUCGCGCUCCUCAAGCAGGCAUGUCUGGAUUCAGGCUUUUUCUACGUGCUGGAUCAUGGAAUAAGCCAGGAGUUAAUGGAUGAGGUUUUUGCCCAGAGCAAGAAGUUCUUUGAACUCCCAAACAGUGAGAAAAUGAAGCUUCUCCGAAAUGAGAAGAAUCGGGGGUAUACACCUAUGCUAGAUGAGAUUCUUGAUCCAGAAAAUCAAGUGAAUGGUGACUACAAGGAAGGGUAUUAUAUAGGUGUUGAGGUACCUGCAGAUGAUCCACAAUCAAACAGGCCAUUUUAUGGUCCGAAUCAGUGGCCUUCUGAAGAAGUAUUGCCCAAAUGGAGGGAGGUGAUGGAGGAAUAUCACAGGGAAGCAUUGAGAGUGGCAAAAUCAGUAGCAAGGAUCAUUGCUCUUGCUUUGAACCUAGAUGAGGACUUCUUCGAUACACCUGAAAUGCUUGGUGAUCCUAUAGCCACAUUAAGGCUCCUGCACUACGAAGGUGGACGAGAAACAGGUCAAGUGUCAAAUCCUUCCAAGGGAGUUUAUGGAGCGGGUGCACAUUCGGAUUAUGGCCUGAUCACUCUCUUAGCAACUGAUGACGUGGUUGGUCUUCAAAUAUGCAAGGACAGCAAUGCUCAGCCUCACGUAUGGGAAUAUGUAGCUCCAGUGAAAGGUGGCUUUAUUGUAAAUCUUGGUGAUAUGCUCGAACGGUGGAGUAACUGCAUCUUCAGGUCAACUUUACAUCGAGUGGUACUCAGUGGACAAGAGCGUUACUCUAUUGCCUACUUUGUGGAACCAAGCCACGACUGCAUAGUCGAGUGCCUGCCAACCUGCAAAUCGGAGACAAAUCCUCCAAAGUUCCCUCCGAUAACUUGCUCUGCAUACCUAUCCCAGCGCUACAAGGACACGCAUGCAGAUCUGAGCGCUUACAGCGACGGCAAAGCCUGAAAGAAGCUCUAGUUUUUUUUGCCCUCUUCUGUCUUGUCUCGCUGUCUACCUAGUAUAUGACAUGUAAUCUCGCAAGUCACAACAAUAAUACCCUAGGGCGGAAGAUGGUAAUGUACUAAUGUGCUAAUUUAUAUAACCUAUAAAGUUGAUUCCCACUAACUACAA